AUGGCCAGUUAUCCUAUUACAUUCACUAGGGUUAUUACAACUCAUGACCCAGAAAGCGGCAAUGCCAUCUUCGACAAAAGUGUAGAUAGCAACGUCCCAUUUGAAGGAUUUCCAGUUCCUACCGGAAAACCGCCCACAUCAGACUAUGCCCUUGCGUAUUCGACGACAACAUUCCCAGUCGAGGGACUCUCUCCGCAUAGGGUGGAGACACCUGAAGCCAAGGCCAACCAAGAUAUCAAACAAUAUAAGUCCAGUUUGCAGAAUCUAUCACCUUUGAAUCCAGCCGGCGGCACAGCUUGUACCAUAGUCGAGGUGCCGUAUGGAAACGAUAUCGCUAUGCACCGGACAGUCAGUCUGGAUUAUGGUGUUAUUAUUGACGGAACCACUGAGUUAGUACUUGACUCUGGAGAGAAAAAGACUCUUAAAAAGGGAGAUGUUUUUAUUCAACGAGGAACUGCCCAUGCUUGGCGCAAUCUCACCAAGCAAGAGGAUAACGGCGGGACAUUACGUAUCUUCUUUGUAUUCCAACCGAUUGAGAAAAUUCACGUCAAGGGUGGCGAAUUGGAUCAGGACUUGACUCUAGGCUUAAAAUAA